AUGAUUUCUUUACCAGGUCUCAACCUAUCCUCACAGCCCGUCGAACCACAAAAUGCAUCGACGUCGGUAGCUACACGGACCCAAGAGCUCGCGGCGAACACCGAGUACCGCUUCGAAGUCUCCUUCUCCCGCACCCUCACAGUCAAAUUGCAAUCGGGCACAGCCGAGUUCUUCGGUACUGAACUCGCACCCUCGACCACGUAUUCUUUCUCAGGCACAAAAGGUGCCAUUUUUACAUGGCACGGCUGCAAGCUCGAUAUCGGCGGAGAGGUAGAGUCGGAUUACAUUGCCGAAGAAACACCCAUGAUGAGCGUUGCAAACUUACACUUCGCACUAGAGAACCUGCGCGACAAGAGCAUCGCUAGUGGGAGCGUAGAGAUGGGUCCAAGAGUAUUAGUCGUGGGGCCCGAGAACUCUGGCAAAACAUCUCUUGUCAAGACCCUGACGUCCUACGCCGUCAAGACGGAUAGACAGCCAAUGGUGGUGAAUCUCGAUCCGCGCCAGGGCAUGCUCAGCGUGCCUGGAUCCUUCUCCGCAGCCGCAUUCUCGUCAAUAGUAGACAUCGAAGAGGGCUGGGGCAGCAGCCCCAUCUCGGGACCCAGCCCUAUCCCUGUGAAGAUGCCGCUGGUAUAUCACUACGGGCUGAGAGAUCCCGAAGAAGGCAGGGUAUUCAAGCCGUUGGUCACACGCAUGGCUCUUGCUGUUACUAGUAGACUUGAAGAGGACAAGCUGAGCAAGCAGGCUGGCUUCAUCAUCGAUAGCUCGGGCGCAAUCAGCCAUGGAAAGAAUGGCGUCUACGACAACAUAGAGCAUAUUGUUUCUGAGUUUUCUGUCAACGUCGUCAUAACCCUCGGCUCCGAACGCCUCUACUCGGACCUCUUGCGCAAAUUCUCAUCCCGCACAACCGACCCGUCCGAAUCCGUCAGCGUAAUCCGCCUCGACAAAUCCGGCGGCUGCGUCGACCGCUCCGAAACCUACAUGCGCGCUCUGCGCCACGCCCAGAUCAAAGAGUACUUCUUCGGCCACGGCGACGAGACGCUUGCGCCUAGCAGCCAGACCGCUGACGCUGCUGAUUUGCAUAUUUUCCGCGUUGUUGGCGGUGGCAGCGCCGACGAGGCGAAUGGCAUCGAAGCACCAGUAGACGACUACGGCAUGCCUCUUGUCCCUUCUGGUGUGCUGUUUGAGAAAGCAGUGCCGGCGGAGGGUAUGGUGAAUCAGCUUCUGGCGAUUACGACGGCGAGUCCGAAUGAGGCGCAUGCGGUGAUUAGGGACAGUAGUGUUAGGGGCUAUGUUUAUGUGGCGGAUGUGGAUGAGAGCAAGAAGAAGGUCAAGUUGUUGAGUCCGUUGCCGGGCCAGACACCGGCGAGUGCGUUGAUUUUGGGGAGUUGGCCGGAGCCGGUGGAGGGCUUGGUGGGUUAG